AUGCGAACGCAACUGUUCAAGCUCCUCUGUUGCAUGUUUAUCACCGCCUUCACAGAAGUUGAUGAGAAAGGCCUUGGCAGUGAUUACGCCUGCGUGGUUGAACAACACGUCUAUACGGCCUUCGAGCUCAAUCGUCUUCUCAACCGUCUGGAUGCAGUGAUCUGGGAUGCUAACGUUCCCAGAAUAUCUUCCAUGGGCUCGGUAGCGAGCCAGAUGGUGUCGAUGCGGAUCAUCGCAGCAGGUCUCUUAAGAACGCGGAACAUUCCGAUGCACUUUCUGCCGGCCAACUCACCACGACUACCACUUUUGAAUGAGGCACUUCGACUCGAAUCGUGGCAGGAAGAACUUACUGCGUCACUAUCGGCCGCGCUGCCU